UUAAUAUUGUAAUCUUAAAUAUUUUUGUUUUCCAAUGGCAUUUAUAUAAGCGUGUCUGUAUGCGUAGCUUGAGGACAUUCCUGACAGGCAUCUAAAUAAUAAGUGCUAUCUAAAAUCUGUAAGAGUGUAUUUAUUCAUGUGAAUAGAAAAGGAUUACUCCCAUGUGAAGUUUAAGAUUAAAAGAGCGGAUGGCUGGAAAACUUACACUUUCACAGAAAAAGCAGUUACUGACAUACAUACAAGAAUACAAAAAGGAAUUUCGUUUGUUAUAUAGCUUUUCGAAGGACGGGGCAAAUUCUGCAACUUUCCAUCAACUCUGCAAUGACCGAGGACCAACUGUCACCAUCGUAUAUGACGUUGCAGGUACAAUUUAUGGCGGAUACACAGAGAAAAGCUGGUCAUCAUCAGGACAGUACGUGAAGGAUGAUCGUGCAUUUCUGUUUCGACUUCAACAAAACGGAAAGACAGAUCCUUCGAAGUUUGCUGUUAAGGUGCCCGAUAAAGCAAUAUAUUGCAAUGUAGGCUAUGGCCCAGUUUUUGGAGGCGGUUAUGAUUUGUGUACGUUCAGCGGAACAGUCACUGAAACAAAUAGCACUUACCCAACAAAUGCGAGUUAUAAGUUUGGUUAUUCGUACGACAUGACAGAAAUUUCGGUUGAAGAGCUUACAAACAACAUCGUCACAUUCAGUGAAUUGGAGGUCUACAGUGUAACGGAUUCGGUGCUUGUGCCUGUUUGGAGGGAUAUAGGCGGCUGGGAACAACAGGACCUGGACAAGCUAAAACAUGACCUCGAAAAUUGGUCCCCUCCUCAAGGGGUCGGUCUAAAAUCUGCCAACAUUCUUCUCCUCGGACCUACUGGUGCCGGAAAGUCAAGUUUCUUCAACACGAUUGCGUCUUGCUUCCGUGGACAUACCACUGAACAGGCUAUUUGUGGCAGUGCAGAGUUUAGCAUUACAACAAAGUAUAAUAUGUAUCGGGUUCGAGGGUCUGCCAUUACGCAACCAAUGAAAUUCAAACUGUGUGACACACGUGGACUUGAAGAAAAUCAAGGUAUUGACGCCCAAGAGCUUGGUUACUUGAUAGACGGCAAUGUACCAAACGGAUACGAGUUUAACCCCUCCGUUCCAAUUUCGCCGGAAACAUACGGAUUUGUUACGACCCCUACACCAAGCAAUAAGAUUCACUGCGUCUGCUUCGUCGUCGACGGGACUUCAGCUACAGAAUUGUCUGCGAAAAUGGUAGAGAAAAUAAAAAGUCUACAAGCAAAAGUCCGUCGGAAAGGUUUAUCGCAGGUAGUUAUCGUUACAAAGAUAGACAAGGUAUGUUUCCACGUCAAAGAAGAUGCAUCAACAGUAUUCCGCAGUGCUUCGGUCAAAGAACUUAUUGACAAUGUUGCUACGAUUUUCGGCAUUUCUAGAAACCAUGUUCUCCCUGUGAAAAAUUAUGAAAAAGAAAUCAAUACAAAAGAUACAAUAAGCAUUGUAGCACUGCGAGCGAUGCAGCAGAUUCUACGUGCAACUGAUGACUAUAUGUUAAAUCUUUUAGAUUCAUCUGAUGAUAAAAACAAUCACUCAGAUGAUUAACGUGCAGAAUAUUAACCCUGGCAAAAAAGGAAAUAAUGAAUAAGAACUUACACCCAAGUUCUAGGAUAAGAUAGACAUAUGUUCCAGAAAAUUAAAAGUUAACUCAUUCAAGAUAUACUCUUACCCUCUUACUAUUAUAUUAUUCUUGCAGGGAUAAUGUUUUUCUAUUUGCAUGACUACAUAGAAAAUAUUACUGAAUUUAAUUGAUAAAGGUCGAUGUCUACAUUGAGAUUUCUAUUUUCUAUAUCUCUUUAUCCCAAGUUUCACUAUCUCUAUACCUCCAUUCAUGUUUCUAUGCUUUACUAUCCCUAUAUCUGCAUCUUUAUGUAUAUGCCUUACUUACUAUCUCUAAAGCUCUUUCCAUAUUUAUAUGCUUUACUUUUUCUAUAUCUUCAUCCAUAUUUAUAUGCCUUACUUACUAUCUCUUUAUCUCCAUUCAUAUUUAUAUGCCUUACUUACUAUCUCUAUAUAUCCAUCCAUAUUUAUAUGCCUUACUUACUAUCUCUUUAUCUCCAUUCAUAUUUAUAUGCCUUACUUACUAUCUCUUUAUCUCCAUUCAUAUUUAUAUGCCUUACUUACUAUCUCUAUAUAUCCAUCCAUAUUUAUAUGCCUUACUUACUAUCUCUUUAUCUCCAUUCAUAUUUAUAUGCCUUACUUACUAUCUCUAUAUAUCCAUCCAUAUUUAUAUGCCUUACUUACUAUUUCUAUAUCUCCAUUCAUAUUUAUUUGUCUUACUGUCUCUUUAGCUCCAUCAUUAUUUCAAUGCCUUGCUGUCUAAAAUCUGCAUCCAUAUUGCUAUGCCUAACUUUAUUAAUAUCACAUGUUGUCUGCGAAAAGUAUAUAAAUAAAACGUGCAUGUUA